AUGUCUUUUGAGAAUUUUUCCAGGCAGAACGUGGCAGAGUUCACCAUCACAGGAUUUGACCAUCUGCCUCACCAAAAGGUUCUGGGCUGCCUCAUUUUGCUAUGUUACUUUUGUGUUCUCCUCAGCAGCGGCACCAACAUUUGCAUUAUUGUCACAGACAGGCGGCUGCAUCGUCCCAUGUACCUGCUGAUCUGCAACUUAGCUGUGGUAGAUAUCAUGUUCACCACUAGUGCCAGUACUACCAUGAUCUCAGUACUGCUAGUUGAGGACAGAAGGAUUUCCUACUACUCCUGCAUCUCACGUAUGUACAUCUAUCACCUGGGGGACAUCACUGGGUGUCUGGCUCUGUCCCUCAUGGCACUAGACCGCACCAUUGCCAUCAGCCAGCCACUCAGAUACGCCAGUAUCCUGACUAACCCUCGGAUCUUUAUUUUGAUCAUAUUGUCCUGGUUGAUAGGCAUAGGCUGCAUAGCAAAAGUGGCUACUGUGGCUGACAAUCUGCCAUACUGCCAGCCAAUUAUCAAAUAUGUCUUUUGUGACUAUCCUUCUUUAAUUAGGGCUGCCUGUGUGAACCCUGAGCCUUAUUUUGUUAUUGCCAUCAUCCUGGGUUUAUGGCUACUUGUGGGUCAAUUUCCCUGUAUCUUACUGUCAUAUAUGAAGCUCAUCUACACUGUGCUGAGACUGCCCAACAAUGAGAACAGGCAUCAGCUGUUCAGCACAGUUGUAAGCCAUUUAAUCCCUGUGGUUGCUUAUUAUGCUCCAAAGCUGGUCUCUGUGCUGUUGACCAGAUUAGGAGUGAAAUUAAACCUGACUGAGAGGAAUGCAUUGCUGAUUAUCUCUACACUCUUACCCUCUCUCAUCAACCCCACAGUCUACUUUCUACGGACUAAAGAAAUAAGGUCUAGAUUGCUACAGAUAUUGCAAAAAAAACAGUGUUGCAUCAUAAUGUUUCAGGUGGAUGAAAAUUACAUGUGUGUGUCAGAGUUUGUUGCUGUGGGCUUCCCCAGUCUGCAGCCCGAGUAUUUUCACUUGGUGGCCUGGCUCUUCUUCUUCCUGUAUGUGACCACACUGGUGGGAAACUUCCUGCUGGUGCUGGUGUUUGCUCUGGAGCGCAGUCUUCAGAAGUCCAUGCAUAUCACCAUGGGUGUGAGAAUGUUUCAGGUGGAUGAGAACUACACCCGUGUGUCAGAGUUUGUUAUCGUGGGCUUCCCCAGUCUGCAGCCUGAGUAUUUUCACCUGGUGGCCUGGUUCUUCUUCUUCCUCUACUUGACGACAGUUGUGGGCAACUUCCUGCUGGUGGUGGUGUUUGCUCUGGAGUGCAGCCUCCAGAAGCCCAUGUACAUCAUCAUGGUCAGCCUGGCCCUUGCAGACAUCGGUUUUGCCACAGUGGCCCUGCCUAAACUAAUUGCUCGUUACUGGUGGAAUGAUGGGGCUCUUGGCUUCCACACCUGCCUAUUCCAAGAGCAAAUGAUCCACUAUUUUGGCUCCUUGAGUUCCCUUAUUUUAAUGACCAUGGCCUUGGACCGUUAUCUGGCUAUCUGUUUCCCUCUCAGAUACCCAGUGUGGAUGACAAACCGGACCAUGACAGGCCUCACACUCUUCUGCUGGGUGGUGGCUCACAUCUUUGCUGGCAUUAGCACUGUCAACUUUACCAUGAUGCCAUUUUGUGGACCUAAUAAAAUUGUGCAUGCCUUCUGUGACACCAUGUCUCUCACAUCCCUAGUCUGUGGGGACACCACCCGACAGUUCAGUGAAGCCUUCGCUGGGGCAAUGUUUGUUCUCUAUGUCCCUUUAUCUUUCAUCAUCUUCUCUUACAUCUGCAUCAUCAUCAUGGUGUUGCGCAUGGCCAGUCGACAGGGCAGAGCGAAGACCUUCUCCACCUGUGCCACUCAAGGAUGCAUCAUUUCUAUCUACUAUAUUCCACGUUUCUUUGUCUAUUCUACACCGUAUUUUCCUAACCUGAAAAUGACCCCUGACAAGCGUAUAGCCACCACUCUGUUCUACAGUCUUUUACCCCCGCUCAUCAACCCCUUCAUUUACUGUCUGAGAACCAAGGAGAUCAAGCAGAUACUGAAACACUGGGUCCAACGAAGGAGGGACAUUACUCCUCUCAAACCUGCCCUAGUUGCCACGGUGACCAAGUGA